UUAUCCACUCUCUUAGUGAGAGCAUCGUCCAGUGGCGCGUCAUCAAUUCGCCAACAACUGCUUUUUUUAUUUCCUUUCUUUUCCCCCAAGACACGUCUCUGUAAUACCUGAACAUGUCGGGAGGACUGAAUACAUUGACCUAGGGCACCUAACCGCACAUUUCGAUGAAGAGAAUGUACAUCCAUGCGCGCUGAUGUGGCCAUAUGGCACGCUUUACGCAAGGCAGAUAACCAACAUUGUGGACUAAAAAUCCAACAGAAGAUGGAUUAAACAAGGAAGUUUAUUUUUCUUUUAUCUUAUUUUGGGGGGAUUCGGCGAUGGCUGCACUACGGAGGAAAUUCGGCGAGGACUACCAGGUGGUGAACACGAGUCAGGCGACCACUUUCACAGCACCGGUCAAAAAGAAGCGCCAGCGCUUCGUGGAGAAGAACGGUCGUUGCAACGUCCAGCACGGGAACCUCGGAGGGGAGAGCAGCCGGUACCUCACGGACCUCUUCACCACUCUGGUCGACCUGAAAUGGCGAUGGAACAUGCUGAUCUUCAUCCUGACCUACACCAUCGCUUGGCUUGUGAUGGCUUCCAUGUGGUGGAUCAUCGCCUACAUCAGGGGAGACCUGAACCACGGCCACGACGCGUCGUACACCCCGUGCGUGGCCAACGUGUACAACUUUCCCUCCGCUUUUCUGUUCUUCAUCGAGACCGAAGCCACCAUCGGUUAUGGCUACCGGUACAUUACGGAGAAGUGCCCGGAGGGGAUCAUCCUGUUCUUGUUUCAGUCGCUGUUGGGCUCCAUCGUGGACGCCUUUCUCAUCGGUUGCAUGUUCAUCAAGAUGUCCCAGCCCAAGAAGCGCGCCGAGACGCUGAUGUUCAGCCAGGAGGCAGUCAUCUCCCAGCGCGAUGGGAGGCUGUGCCUCAUGUUCCGCGUUGGCAACCUUCGGAACAGCCAUAUGGUGUCCGCGCAGAUCAGGUGCAAAGUCAUCAAGUCUCGUCAGACCCCCGAGGGGGAGUUCCUGCCCCUGGACCAGUGUGAGCUGGACGUGGGGUUCGGGACGGGGGCGGACCAGCUCUUCCUGGUGUCCCCCUUGACCAUCUGCCACGAGAUCAACCCCAAGAGCCCCUUCUUCGACCUGUCCCAGCGCUCGCUGAAGAACGACCAGUUUGAGAUCGUGGUGAUCCUGGAGGGCAUCGUGGAGACCACAGGUGAGGAUUACGGGGGCCGCGUCCCCACCGGACCCCUCCCCGUCACCCCUUCUCAACCCUUACUCUGCUAAAAACACCCCUCCUACCUUUGAUGUUUGGACGUCCUGGCACAUAAUGCACAAACUUAUGGUCUGUUGUACGUCCUGGCACUUAAAAUAGUACUCAGCAGAAAUGGGUUAACCUGGUAAUUGUUUCUAUGAACAUCCUUACUGUA